AAUCUUCACCCUACACACGAAGAUCUACUCCACUCGCAUCCCCCACAAACUCGACCAUAAUGCAGCGCAUCGCCCUUGCCUCGCGCGCUAGCGCCACCGUGGCUCGCACUGUGCGCCAUGCGCGCCAGUGCUCAUCUUCUCGCCAUAUCUCGGGCGCCCGCUUCGCCCCGGUGGCCCCCCGCAAUGUGACUGCCAACUUCUUCAAGUUCGGCAAGAACGGCUUUGAUUCCGAGGCCGCUGGCAUUGUCGGCAGCCAGGGUCGCGAUGAGUACACCUACGACGAUGUGGAGCAGUACUUCAACUAUAUGGGCUUCCUGGCCACGGAGGGCACCUAUGACCGCAUGGAGGCGAUGCUCAACUCUGGGCUGCACCCGAUCGACGUGAUCCUGCUGCUGGCGUGCAGUGAGAACGACACUCCCAAGGUGCAGGAGAUCCUGAAGGCGGGUGCUGACCCGACCGUCAAGGGUAUUGAUGGCAAGCAGCCUCUCGAGCUGGCUGCCAAGCCCGAGCUCAUUCGCAUGAUUAACGAGGCCCUCGCCUCCAAGUCGGGCGUGGCGGCGUAAGCUGGCUCGCGAGGGGAGUUGCUAAUACGAACUGGUGUCAGUGGAGUGUGCAUGGGCGCGUGUGUGAGUACGUGUACGUGUGUGUGUAUGUUGCGUGUGCUGACUGACCGCGGUGUCAGGACCAGUGUCAGCAGUGAGUCUGGGGCCGGAAAUGCAGACCCAAAUCCGCGUCUGUGGGCCUUAGCGUUAGUCGCAGCCACUGCGUAGCAGACUUGACUUGAUGACGGAAUGGACACGAGUGAAUAGACUAGAUCACAGCAGGAGCGCGUGGAUACUGCGUUUAGGGAUUGGCCAGAGAUCUGGCACCCUGUGGUGGUGUGCUAGCACGCUGGCAAGGGGCAUGCGGGAGUUUUGAUGUUUGUUCCUCGUAUGAGCCGAUGGCAGCAGCAGUGUAGCAAGCGCAAAGGCCGGAUGAGGAGAUAGCUCUUCACAAGAACGAGCUACACAGAACGGCAGUUCGGGAUGCGCGUUGCAUUGAGAGAUGCGCUAUGCGCGGUGGGGAGACCAGUCGGACGCCUAUUGGAAUCUUUGGUGGAGGGUUUCCUGUUAGUGUGCUGGCACAGCAUUGAGAAGAUUAUCAACUAGUGCGAGAGGACGGACGGGCGUGCACAUUGGGUGCAGCCUCGUGCCGAGUGCGGAUGCCGGUGGCAGGGCGCCACGGGCGACAACCAGUCAUGUAAUCUGGUACGGGC